AUAACGAGUAUAACCACCAUAUGUCAGUGUGGCAAGAUGGCACGUCAGCAGCAGAGCGAUGUCGACGAGCUGUUCGAUGUAAAAAAUCAUUUUUACAUUGGAAAUUAUCAGCAAUGUAUCAACGAGGCACAAAAAGUCAAGCCCACAUCUCCAGAGGUGGCACUAGAUCGAGACGUUUUUUUGUACCGAGCCUACAUAGCACAACGCAAAUUUCGAGUCGUUAUAGACGAGAUCAACAAUUCAUCUCCACAAGAUUUGCAGCCACUAAAGACGUUAGCAGAAUAUUUUGCGUUUCCUAAUCGACGGGAAACAUUGUUGGCCGAAUUGGAUCAAGCCGCUAGUAGAUCUAAUGCAGAUAAUCACAAUUUCAUGAUUGUCGCUGCUACUAUUUAUUACCACGAAAAGAAUUUGGAAUCUGCUCUGAGAGUUUUGAGAAAUUCAGAUCAUCUGGAGUGUCUUGCGUUAACUCUACAGAUUUAUUUGAAAAUGGAUCGUUUAGACUUGGCUCGAAAGGAACUUAAAACUAUGCAAGAGAAGGAUGAUGAUGCGACCCUAACACAACUUGCCCAAGCGUGGGUUAAUAUUAGUAGCGGAGGUGAUAAAUUGCUGGACGCCUACUACAUCUUUCAGGAAAUGAUUGAUAAACAUACAAGCACAAGUAUGCUAUUAAAUGGCCAGGCGACCUGUUUCAUUGGUCAAGCAAAAUAUGACGAAGCGGAAGCCGCUUUGCAGGAAUCGCUGGACAAAGAUAGCAAUAAUCCCGAUACGUUGAUAAAUAUGAUCGUCCUUUCUCAGCACAUGGGAAAGCCUCCAGAGGUGGCAAACCGCUACUUGAGUCAGCUGAAGGAUUCGCACCUGGAGCAUCCUUUCGUCAAAGAAUAUCUGCAGAAGGAAGCUGAAUUUCAGUCGCUCGUAACUCAGUAUUCAACUUCCGCUUGAAUUUCCCAAGCACUGGACAUUUCAUGGAUAAAGUUCAGCUCUCGUUUAAAAUUAAGACUUGAGACUUGAGUAAUGAAGCGUUGGGCGAUAAAUUAUGCGGGAUAUCGAAAGAGGGAGUAUUUUUAAUCAAAAAUACUCUUAGAGAAGAGGUAAUGUACAUUUUUCUUUCUUUCCCGAGAGCAUUGUACAUUGUUUUUUCGUAAAUUGCAUCAAACGCAGACUGAGAAAUUGUAGAAUCGUUACUGGUGCGUAUUUAAUAAAUUUUAAGAUUGUAAACGACAGGUAAAGAAAAAGAAAAAAGAUACUGCUGCCAUUUUGUAACCGAUUUUAGAUCCUUUAAGAAAGAGUGAAAAUUUACAAUUUUUCAGGAUAUAAGCGUAUUAGUUAGUCUAUCUUUCAAAAUGCGAGGUCAGAACAAUUUUCCAGGAAAGGGAUUUUCUCAAGCUAAAAGUGCGUUUAUAAUUUUCUAAGAGGUUUCAAUUGCCAUCGGAAGAGAGAAAUCCUUUUUUAGGGAGACGUUCCAGCAAUUGCGAAUUUCAUCUAUGAAUAGUCAUUCGUAGAAUUCAGAAUAGGGUUGGGCAAAAUAACAAGUGGACAAAUAUUUGAAAAGCAGAUAAUUCAUCGCGAGUUGAUUCAGAGUUCAGUAUCUUUGGUUUUUAAUUUUUUCAUGGACGUGUCUUCUAAAAUGGGAAAUGGUUUCUUUGACGAAAAAUCAUUGCGGCUGUGGUGAAAUCCAAAUUAUUUGUCCCCUAUUUUUCUAAUCUUCUAAUUUUCUAAUACUAUUUUUCUUUUCUUUGUUAAUAAUCCAAUUUUAACUCCUAGCGCUUUAAGUCUGAAAUAUGUUAUAUGGAUUUUUUAGCAAUACAUUUUGUUGCAUUUGUAGAUUAGUGUUUAUAAUUUUUCUUGAAUAGAUAUGAAUUUAUGAAUCUAAGCUAAGAAAUUAUUAUUCGAUGUACGUGUUUUAUAUAAAAAAAUCCUGCAUGGAGAACGGAUUUUGUACUUUUGAAUAACGGAAUUUGGAAAAUUGCACAUCAGUGUCUUUCAAAGAGUUGAUUUUGUCCGCCCUUAAACAAGUGACAUGGUCAUUGUAUCACUCCGAAGAACAAGACUUUUUCGUCAGUACAAUAAUAUUUCUUGUACACAGAACUUAUAGGCACAAAGAUUUAAUAAAGCUUACAAAGAGUGAUAUCAAUAUUAAA